ACGAGCGGAGGAAGAGAGAGGGGCAGAGAGAGGAGGGGAAGCGACGGCGAAGGAGCGGCGCGCCAAUGCGGAACUGAACCGGACAGACGACAUGGUGUGGGAUGGAUUGCCAAAGACUCGACAGUAACUGGGCCUGCUGUGUGGGAGGAACCGGGGAAAGUCUGCCCAAGCGGAUCAGUUUAUCGGGUACGGGGAAACGAGGAGGAGGAUCGCAAAUCCACGCUGCCAGGGGACCUAAACUUGGGGGCAACGAGAAUAGGAGGAAGGGAGAGAGAGUAUACCCGAGGGAAAGACAGGCAAGAAGCCGUGAAGCUCUCGGCUGGAAGGAGGCGGUGGUGGAGUUCGGUAGCUGCCGUUAAGCCGGACUGGACAAGAUGCUGUUGCUGUAAGGGACCUUCACGGGGCAGAUCGGAGAACCCGGAAAAUCGUUUCUGUUCACUCUGGGAAAUAAUC